GGCAUGACAUGACAUGAAGUGAUGAAAAGAAGACCCUACAAACUCUCAAACUCAAACAAGGAUAGGGUAAAACAACAAAGGCAUGGGAAGGAAACCUUAAGGAAAGCGGCAAGAAGAAGGAAAGUUAAACAAGGAUUGAAAAAUCGGUUGUGCCGUUUUCUGAAUUGUCGAAUCUAGGGACGUGCUCUGUAUGUAUCGAGGUACCUGGGUACUUGGGUAGUAGGUAUGGGUGAGAUUUUCGGUGGAGGACUAGGAAGUAGGAGGGAUGAAGAUGAAUUAUUUUGUAUCCUGCAUCGUUUAUGUAUAAAAUGGGAUGUUGGAUGUGAAUAUGAUUGAGAUAAUGAGUAAGUAAGUUUAUUGUAGAUUGGAUAUCUGUUUCUAUAUUUCAUCUCGGCCUUGUAAGAUUAUUCGUAGUUAGUAGUAGGUAGGAGAUAGAUAGAUUCCAAUCUUCACCAAACCUUUGAUUCCAUCCAUCCAUCCAUCCCAUCCCAUCCCACCGGACGAAGACCCCCCUCACCCCCAUCCCAAUUCCGCACAUUAUCCCUGGAGCUGGGAUUACGCAUUGGCCAACCUAGAUCUCGACAACUAAUUAACCAUCUACGGAGUAGAUGCCGAGUAGAAACUAGAAACCCAUAUAUGAACCAUCAAUCCAACGCAAACUAUCGUAAACUCCGUAUACCGAUCAAAACACAAUUUAACCCAACCCGACAUGAUCUUUUGAGAAAGAAUGGAAGGGGAAGGAAAUCCUUGAAUUCCGAAAGAGCAUUUCGAUCAGUGGGAUCUCCGAAAUUCCAAGUCCGAAAUUCGACGUCCUGUCAGUGUCAGGUAAGACGCAAACCGAAUUGGAUCUAUUCACACAGUGGGUAUUCUCAUUACGGAGGUUCUAAGUUCUAUCUAGGUAACGCAUCCCAAACAGUUUCCAGCAAAAAGAAUAAAUAUUACCUAUUCAAAAAGCCACGCAAGGAUGUCUCACCUCUCACCUCUCACCUCUCUUACCUCUCUUACCUCUUUUAUCUGCAAGACAAAAUACUCCGUACAACAAUCUAUCCACGAAAUAGGGAAUUAACCGAAUCGAAUCAUCUAGAUCCAGCCCUGUCUCCGCCUCUCUUUCUAACAUUUCUUCAGCACUUCUUCAACACUUUUUGUAUGCAUGCAUACAUGCAUGAUACAUAUGUAUGUAACAUACAUGAUCGCUUGUUUAUUUGCUUGAAGCCAGAAUCAGAAAAAGAAGAAGAACAAAAGCAAAUAACCGGGAAUUCCGGAAAUAUACAUAUGUAUGUAUGAACUUUUGAAUUCGAAUUUAUACCAUGGAUAGAUAGAUGCACAAGAUAUUAAUCCAUGCAGAGAAUAAGUUUAGUGCUAAAGGAGCGGGCCGAGGAAAGAUAAACCAAGCAAGUUGAAGUAACUAAAUAGAAACGAAACUAUUGAUCCAUCGAUAUCCCACCGCCGUUAAAAAUUAGAGUUUGGGGGAAAAGUUUAAAUGUUGAGUUGUCUAGGUAUGUGAUAGAGAGAUGUCAUCGGUAUGGAUAGUUAUUACCUAAGUAAA